GUUUGACAAUCAAUAAAUUUUGCAUCAAGUUUAAUAACAAAAUCAGAUUAAUAAAGGUCCAACUCUGAUAAUCUACGUCAUUUGUGACUCUAUAUCGAUAUGGUCGACCAGUUGUAAUCAAUAAAACUUGGUGAAAUAUGAGCAAAAAACAGUCAAAACUGUCCUCAUACUGGUCUGAGAGGCCAGAUCCUGAAGAUGAUGAUGACGUCAUUUGUCUCAGCUCUACUGUCAGCCAGAAUAAAACGUUGAAAGCCACGAAGAAGCCAAAAUCUUUUGGACUCACCCAGUCCCAGGUUCCAUCAACUCCAGCACAAAGCAAGAAAAGCAACUCCUGGGUAACAUCAGCUUUUGAUGAUUUUCUGGACUAUGACACAGCAGCCUCCACACCUCUUGAUAGUACAAGAAGAGCUAAAGACGUCAUCACCAAUAGAGGCUUGAAACGACAAAGAGAUGUGAUAUCCACAGUUGAGAAGACAAAGACGCCCGGCCGAUCCAGGCAAGCACAUGACUCACUCUGGGCUGAUAAACACACUCCGGCCUCCCAGGCUGACUUGGCCGUCCAUAAAAAGAAGAUUCAAGAGGUGGAAGGAUGGAUAAGCAUGACACUGAAGAAAAGAUCUCGCCAGCAGAAUGCCCCUAUCCUGUUAUUAACUGGACCAACGGGAGCUGGUAAGACUGCCACCAUUCAAGUCCUCGCCAAGAGUUCCAACAUUGAGAUCCAGGAGUGGAGUAAUCCAGUUGUGACCAGCACGUAUCUCUCAAAGGAGGAAUUUAGACAAACCUUAUCAGAUUUUUCUUCGAUGGGAGGUAUUGUGAGUCAGUCCCAGACACAAGUAUUUGAAGACUUCUUGCUAAGGGCAAACAAGUAUCCAACUCUGCAGAUAUUUGGUGAAGAAGGCUUUGAUAGAAAACUUAUCCUUGUGGAGGAUUACCCAAAUAUAUUUUUUAAGGAGACGGGUGCUUUUAAAAAUAUAUUACGUAAAUAUGUGCGUACAGGUCGAUCUCCUCUGGUGUUCAUCAUAAGUGAGAGUGCUGGUGGUGAAUCGAACGAACGACUGCUCUUUCCUAAAGAACUCCAGGCUGAACUAGGGAUGGCUAAUAUCAGCUUCAACCCAGUGGCUCCAACGAUGAUGAUAAAAAUACUGUCACGGGUGGCCAGUCAGGAAUCUUCAUAUGGUGCUAAAUCUUUUCCUAUUCCUGACCGGAUGACACUAGAAGCUCUCUCAGAGUCAAGUAACGGUGAUAUCAGAGGUGCUAUUAAUGCUUUACAGUUUGCUUGUUUAAAAGAUACUCGAGAUCUGGAGAAAACCUUCUCAAAAAAGUCUUCCCGGUCAAACCAGGGCAAAAAGACAAAGUCGUCCUCUUCUAAAUCAAAAUCAGAACCGGCUGACAAUGCACUUUCUGCCAUUGGAGGAAAGGAUACAUCACUGUUUUUGUUCCGGGCUCUUGGGAAAAUCCUUUAUUGUAAAAGAGAUGAGGCCCCCAGUCCUGAUUCACCAAAACUUCCUGAGCAUUUAGCAGAACAUGAAAGAAACCCCCUUCAGUUUAAUCCUGAGGAUGUUGUUGAUAGAUGCCAUCUGUCCAGUGAUAUGUUCAACGCCUAUUUACAUCAGAAUUAUCUUGAUUUUGCCACACGUGUUGAGGAUGUCACCCGAGCCAGCGAAUAUCUGAGUCUUGCUGACUCCAUCACUCAUGACUGGGCUGUACGAUCAACUAUGAACGACUACUCUAGUUGUAUAGCAACGAGAGGUUUGCUGCACUCAAAUCGUGGGCGGCCCUCUGGUGGUGGUGGUGGUGGAUGGAAGCCCCUUCAUAAGCCACAGUGGUGGUCAGUCAUGAAACAGAUGAGAGAAAAGAUUGCCACUGCUAAAGGAUUGUUUAGAGGAUACCACUGGACUCCUGAGGUUCUCCAAACACAGCUCAUUCCAUACCUUGGCCUCAUCAAUGUGACGAUGCAUGAUCCUGGUCAGAUUACAUUCCUACAAGACAUCACAAAAUUCAAGCGGAACAGUCCCCACGCCAGAUCUUCAGAUCGCCUCGAUGAAAAGGAUGUGGCUAGUCUUCAGAUAGAUAUUGAUGCAACACUGCCAGGAAACCCAACAGAAUCUACCGACGGCAUCCCGAACAGUCAGUCGAAUAAAUCCCAGGUGGAGGAAGACGAUGAAGUGGAGAUCGAGGAUUAUGACAGUGACUUUUGAAUGAUCUGACCCAAUAUUUGAGCAGAGGAGGGAAUGUCUCAGCUACAAAAGGUAGCCAUGAGUCGGAAAUUAAUGAAGACAGUUGAUCACAUGGACAGUGUCAACAAUGUUUGUUUCCUAAAAUGUUUUUCAUUGGUCAUGGAUUUCAAUACCUGACUUGGAGUGAGAACAGAAUGAUUGUCCCAGAUGGAGUAUUGCAACCUAUCUGCAAAGACUGUAGAUGCAGAUGUGUGCAUACAUUUGGUGUGCUAAGGAUGAGAUACAGGGGGAUUCUGCGCACACAACCAUGGACAAGUCAGUGAGGCGGGGGGGCAUCAUUGGAGAAGUUCUCCUUACAUUUGUUUCAUUGAUGAUGAAUAUUGAAGAACGCUGCCAGCUUUUUGUGUA